AUAUAUUACUUCAUGAAAGCAGUUUCAGAGAUAACAGAGAAGAUGAUGAUGAAGUUUCUACAUAAUGAAAUCUAUAUUAACUAUGAAAUAUCAUGUGAGAUUCUAACUAAUAACAGUGCAAAUCUUGUAGAAGAAGUAGUGAGGCAUUUUAUAAGUCAUGAGCAACAUGCAGUCUUCAAGUGUUCAUCAUUCUAUCU